AUGUGACUAUUUGACUGUUACUUUAAAUAGAAGAAAAAAUUCCCACUUUCAAAUAGUACAUAUUUAAAGGGAAUUUCCUAAUACUGUGUCAUCCAUUUUAUCUGGAAAACACGAAAUUUAUUCAUACAGGCAUAAUUUCAGCAGAAUUUUUUAUAACCAUAGAAUGGAUCGAGAAGAUAAACGACGCUACUUUAUUGUUGGAUCGGUCAUAUUAGAGAUUGUCACACCAAUGUUCCAACAGCGACUGGAGAAAGAGUACAAGAAACGAGGUUUUCCUUCAUUUCAGGCUUUCCUUAACAGUGAAUCUGUGAUACACAUCUUAUUCCAUCUACGACACAGAAAUGUAUGGUGUUGUGUCGACAAAAAUACCUGUUCAAACCAUGAUGAACUUCCUCUGGUCUAUGACGAAUGGGAUCUGCUAUACACGCCAAAGAAAGAUCAAGGUAGUAAUCACAGCUGUCAUUGUCAAUACAUGGCUAAUUCUGUGGAACUGGAUGAACUUGACAUAUCAUUGGCUGGCCUGAUCUUGUUAAAUUGUUUUGUUCUCGGAAAGGAUGAAAAUGCCAUCAGUUCACUCAGACAAUUUAAGAGUGAUUAUUUAUGUCACAAUACAUGUGGCUCCAUGGAUAAGGAAGAGUUUGAUACAUUGUGGGAUGAUUUACAGGAUGAUGUCCUACGACUUGACCCCAGCAAACAAGAUGAACUGAUGCUGAUCGAGGAAAGACCCCUGGAUGACCAUCUUCGUGUGAGAUACUGCAAGAUCCUACUGGGUAUUAUCAAACCUAAUGAGGUUGACAACCGAGAACCAGAGAGAUGUCCCAUUCAAAACUUGUGUGCAACAUUGCAGGAAUUAAGAAAUCUGAUCGUCUCAAUGAAUACAAGAACAAGAUCUACUACAUGUACUACCAAUGACUCAAACAAGGCACUUGGAGGUGUUAGAUGUCAGUCUCACACAGAUGGUUCUUUAAGAAAACAGUAUCAGCUAGGGCAAGAUAUAUUCUGUCUACAUAGUGAACUUGACCUGACGGAAAUACUCAAUGAUGAACAAACAGAUGAUAUAUCUGAUGCUGUGAUCAUGGAUGAUGGAAAACUUGUCAUCUGCUUGUGGAAUACUAAGAAACUACUCAUUUGUAAUGCAGAUGGGUCACAACCAGAGAUUAUACAAUGCUUGGGACAACCAGUGAAAAUAACAGCAGUCAAUGACUCGACAGUAGCAGUCAUCUUCAUGGAAAUGCCACUUGUAGUGUAUACUUAUGAUAUAAAUGGGAGACAAUUGUUGAGAACGAUAACAGUACCUGACAUGCAUAACAUGAGUUCUGUUACGACAAUAGAGAACAAACUUCUCAUUGGAGGAGAUCAAGGACUAUGGACUACUGAUCCCGACACAGGAAAAACCCCACAGAAACUUCCUAUAGAGUGUCAACCUGUCACAGUACAUGCUUGUGGUGACAGAAUAUUCUACAAUGAAACGUUAAACGAAAAUAUCCUGAACUGUUACACGACAACAGGUCAUGAAAUCUUCAGCACUGCGUUACAAUCUUCUGCUACAAGUGUAUUUACACUACAAGAUGGUAGUCUGUAUGUUUCCUGUCGAGAUGGAACAAUACAACAUGUGUCGUCUGACGGAGAGUGGUAUACGACUGUUACCACGGAGGAACUGACAUCACUGAAAGGAUUAAAUGAUCCCAGAUACAAUCAAAAGCAAAAGAAACUUAUUACCUUUAAUGAACCGACAGGAUUUGUGCACAUAUUUAAUCAGAUGUAAAUUAUUUGCUUUGUUGUUUUCGUUGUAAAAACUUUCUUUGAUUUUUCAUCUUCAAUUUAUUGUAAUGAAAAUAUUGUGACACAUUCUUUAUCAUGAGACACUAUAUAUUAGGGGCUUUCUCAAAAGUUUUGUUGAUAUGUUUUAUGAUAAAACAAAUAAAUUCAAAAUAUUAGAACUAUGUUUUACUGUUUUAAUAUGCACCAAAUUUCAAUUUUUUGGUUCACCCAUAAAAAAUGUUUACACUUUCAAAUUCUAUCUUUCGAUUAUUUAGUCUUUAAUAUACAUUAAAUUUUUUUUUAUAAUAGAUGUACAGCAUGAUUGCCAAAUUUAGUUUAUUGUUUUUUUGGUGUUUUUUUUUUUUAUACUGUCUUUAAAAAAAUGAAUGAGGCAAAAUAAAUAAUUAUCAGCAAAGUUUGAAAUAUAAGCUUUCAAAAAUGAAAAUAAUGUUUAUACUCUAGCAUAUACAUGUAAUUACAAGGAAUUUAAUUAGUUACUAAUAUUUUGUCAAUAAUCUGCUUAUCUGUAUGAUAUUCUUAAUCUUAAUAACUACCCAGCAUUUUCAUGCAGUCUCAUGAAGUGUUGUUGUCGAACUUAUACUUAUUUUAAUUCUAAAUAUGUAUUUUAAAACAAAUUUUCCAAACAAAUUUUUAUUGAGAAAAAAAAUAUCUUUUGGUCAACAAUAAUAUAACUAUGAGUGGCACUAUGUCCAUAAGGAUUUGGUACAUUCUUGUUAGGACUUGACAAAUGGCCACUGAAAAGUUCAAAAUAGAACAAAUUUAAUGAGAAAUUUAAUGAAGAAUAAAAAUAACAUUUAUGACUGGAAUUUUUUUUACAAGCAUCUGUAUGUUUAAUCAAUAUCUACAUUUAAAAUGUAUAACAAAUAUAUACAUGUAGUUGUGAGUUCAAUAAGAUUUUUAUAAAAAAAAAAUUGUGUGUAUUUCAAUGGAUCUGUUCAAGGAAAACAUAAUUGUUACCAAUAAUUUUCAUUCACAGAAGAACAUGGUGAUUUUCUCAAAUCUUAACAGCUGCAUGCAUUAAAAAAUAAAGCUAAAUUUCUUUUCAA